AUGGAAUCUUUGGAAAAUUUGAAGUCAUCUUUUGAUCAAGAUGUUGAAAAAAUGAGACAAUUGGAGAGAGACAGAACUCGUUGUAUUACAAAUAGGAAGCAAUUGGAGAGUCAGAUGACUGAAAAUAAAAUGGUUAAGGAGGAGUUGGAUCGUCUUGAGGAUGGCGCUGAAGUCUUCAAAUUAAUUGGUCCUGUACUUGUUAAACAAGAAUUGGGGGAGGCAAAAGAAAAUGUUCAGAAACGAAUUGAUUAUAUACAAAAAGAAAUGUGA